AUGGAUCACCAAGUCGCAUACGAAUACAGUGGAGCCAUCCCUUUGGAUGAACAGGAUCUUUCCAUCAGUGAUAUGAAAAGCGUAGAUUACUUUUCUAUUGAUCUGAAUAAUCAUGACGACAUGUCGACUUGUUCCAGCCUAUCCUUGCCAUCCAUCAUUGACGGGAAGCGCAUCUUUAUGCGUCGGAAAAUGGCUGACGAUGGUGAUGAUGAAAACGAUCGUCUGUCCUACGACGACGAGUGGAUAGCGCUAAAGCCUGAAUAUAUUGCACCAAGCACACACUUUCAACCCAUCUACUCCUCAGAUGACGAAGAUGAACUUUCGUUUGUCACCUUUGAAGAAGAAUCCUACUACUCCAACACAGAGCACUCCAAAGUAAACUGCAGUGAUCAUGUGCACACUAUGAACGAAGCUUCAGCGCCUCACAGACGAAGAAUUUCGGACCAUUCUGCAUCCCUCCACAGGAAAAGACUGCAGGCGGGGUCAAACUCGAAUCAUUCCGCCUCUCGAAGGUCUCGGAGGAGUCUGAAAAACUUUUCUGAUCAUUCCGUCUCCAAACGAAGGAGUCACCGAGUUAGUUUGCUUCAAGAGCAAAUGAAUAUUCUUGCAUGUAAAUCUGCUGACACUCCCCAGGAUGAAGAGAAUGAUGCCUUCAGCUUCAAAUCCUUGGACUUUGGUACUAGGCCUUCCUUUGGACCAUCCGCAGAAGCUUUGCUGAAGCAACGCCAAGCUGGUUCCAUGCGGAAUCUAUCGGGAGCCUCUGAUCAUGCUAUUGCCCAGAACUACCGUGACGACGAUGAUGAUGUUGAGGAUGAUGUUACUUCCGAAGAUGAGUCGUUGUCAAUGAACGCAUCCGAUGAUUUUAGUUUCUACGAAGAGGAGACAUUGGAAGGGAGUGUGGACAGCCACGUGCAUCAGCCAGAAUCCAACGAAAUCAAGUCAUGUUCCACCAACAAUGUACACAAACCCCCUAUCCUAUCUCCCGGUAUUUCUGGAUACACUGCCAAAACAACGUUCGAUUCAGACUCGGAAAGUAGUUGCACGCACUCUGUAUCGGAAUCAGUAGAAGAGGAUUUGUCUAGUCCUAACCAUAAUGUGGGCGCCCCUAAAGCUACACCAGAUAUGGUAGCGAUGACACCAAAGGUGGAUCUUACGAGAAAGGCAUGGGCGAAGCGGCAACGAAAUGAUGUAACUUCCAAAUUACAGCAGCUGAAGAAGCAAAUGAACUCUGUGUACGGAGCACCUCUCGGCAGCAUGUCAUCGAUCCCUACAGCACCAAUGACCAGCUCGGGAACCAUACCACUCUUUGAUGACAGCUGUAAUUUUGAUGAAGAAGUUACCCAGCAGCAACGGCAUCAGCAGUGCCCCAGCAGUAUGUUCGAUUCCUCCGCUCGAAGCUCCAAUAGCUUCUUCAAUGCCUCCAUGCGAUCUACUGGCAGUUUGCUAGAGAAACGGCAGGCGACAGAAAACAAGCGACGACAGCUACGACUUGCCUUUAGUGCCUUGAGCAGUCCUACCAAACGACAGCCGCGACCGCGAUCUCUGAGUCCAAGCUCGCAUCAUUCCAAGUCGAACUCCAACUCCUGCCGAAUGCACCUUCGCAACAGUCUGCAAGCGCCAGUGUUGUGA